CCUGCCCCAGCGGCCAGAGACUUCCUGUAGCGCAAGAGAUUUAUGCAAACGGGCUGGGGCGGUGAUGUCACCCCAAGGGGACUAUCUUCCAGUGGCAGGCCCUUCGAUAAAAUCAGGAACUUGCGCUGGCCCUGCGAUGUCAAGGGAGGGGGCUCACGAAGGGCUCCUGUGGCUCGGGGGGCAGGCCUGAGCCCUGCGCCCGCGGAGUCAGUCCAGCCCCUGACGGGGCUUCCCAUCCCAAGGGGCUCCGCACUGGCCCCCACCGAGACAGAAGACCUGACUGGCUUGCAGCUCGGCUGGAUGUUACAGGCGUGCAAAAUGGAAGGGUUUCCCCUCGUCCCCCCUCAGCCAUCGGAAGACCUGGUUCCCUAUGACACAGACCUGUACCAACGCCAAACGCAUGAAUAUUACCCCUAUCUCAGCAGUGAUGGAGAAAGCCACAGUGACCACUACUGGGACUUCCACCCGCACCACGUCCACAGUGAGUUCGAGAGCUUCGCCGAGAACCACUUCACGGAGCUGCAGAGCGUGCAGCCCCCGCAGCUGCAGCAGCUGUACCGCCACAUGGAGCUGGAGCAGAUGCACGUGCUGGACACGCCCAUGGCGCCCACCCACGCCGGCCUCAGCCACCAGGUCUCCUACCUGCCCCGCGUGUGCCUCCCGUACCCCUCCCUGUCCCCGGCCCAGCCCAGCACGGAUGAGGAGGAGGGCGAGCGGCAGAGCCCCCCACUGGAGGUGUCUGAUGGGGAAGCCGAUGGCCUGGAGCCGGGGCCAGGCCUCCUGCACGGGGAGACAGGCAGCAAGAAGAAGAUCCGCCUGUAUCAGUUCCUGCUCGACCUGCUCCGCAGUGGCGACAUGAAGGACAGCAUCUGGUGGGUGGACAAGGACAAGGGCACCUUCCAGUUCUCGUCCAAGCACAAGGAGGCGCUGGCACACCGCUGGGGCAUCCAGAAGGGCAACCGAAAGAAGAUGACCUACCAGAAGAUGGCCCGUGCACUGCGCAACUAUGGCAAGACGGGCGAGGUCAAGAAGGUCAAGAAGAAGCUCACCUACCAGUUCAGUGGGGAGGUGCUGGGCCGCGGUGGCUUGGCCGAGCGACGCCACCCACCCCACUGAGCCCCGCAAGUGAGCCGCCGGCCCGCCAGGCCUCCCUGCUGGCCAUAGCAUUAACCCCUCACCCGGCCCGGACACAGGGAGGAAAGCUCCCAGGGGCCAGGGCAGGACUGUGGUGGGCCAGGCCUCACCUCACCACCCCUCCCUCCUCCAGGCCCUCAGCCCACAUCCCUGCCUCGCCUCUCACCUGGACUGCCGCCCAGCUCCGAAAGGCACCUGGUUUCUGGCCCCUGGAACGGGUCAGCCUUGUUUAGCACAGCCAGGUGCUUCCCUGGGAGUUCAAAGUUGUCUUUUAAGCAUCUCUCCCUCCUCUUACUUCUGCCCCAUUAGCUUCCCCAAGAAACUUCUUAUGCAAGUUAUUUUCCACAGCACAGAGAGUCUCUUUUGAAAUGGUCUGUGCAGUCCUAGCUGGUUUUGCUCAGUGGUUAGAGUGUUGGCCUGCGGACUAGUGAAUCUUGGGUUCGAGUCUGGUCAGGGGUGCGUACCUUGGGGCAAUUCGACCCCAGCCCUGGUUGGGGUUGUGCAGGAGGUGACCAGUUGAGGUGUCCCUCUCGCGUCAAUGUUUCUCUGUCCUUCCUUUCUACUCUACCUGAAACUAAAUGGAAAAAUACCCUUGGGUGAAGAUAAAAAAUAAAUAAAUAAAAUUAUGCACCUUGUUCACAAACCCGCCCCGUGUGAUCUCUCCUCUUCCCAUGUGUCUGUCGGGAUUUCCCGAGGACCCUACCCACACUUUGGUGCUGGGACAUGAGGACACGGUGACCUGCCAGGGGUCAGAGCUGGUGGAAGAAAUGAGUCCUCAGUUGUUAUUAGGGGAAUGAAUCAUUACAAAGCCCUCCACACCUGCUAAAUGGGUUUUUAAAUAAGCCUCACUGAGGCUUAAACCCACAUUCCUUAGGUUAUGCCCCAGUGGUAGUGACGAGAGUAACGGCAACAGCACCGGGUUUUCUGGCCACUGAUUACGUCAGCCUUGAGAAGUGGAGUCUGAUGUCACCCCACUGUAUAGGCUGGGAGACUGAGGGCAUGGAGGUCAGCGAAUUGGCUCAAGGUCACACAGCUGGCGAGGGGCAGCGCUCGACUCCACGUGGGCUGUCGGUGUGAGAGGAGGCCUCGCGUGUCUGGAAUGGGGUGCAGUUCAGCGAGGUGGGGAGCAGGAACUGAGCCCCGGAGCUGCAGCGGGCCACAAAGUGUCCUCCCAGAGUGCGUGUGA